CGGGCCGGGGCCGGAGCCGCGGCAGCGCCCAGGCGCCGCGGGAGGAGGGCGGCAGCCGCCUCGCCCCGCUUUGCUCGCCCGCCCCGCUGCCAUGGGGUAGGGGGCGGCGGAGGUUGGGUUGGGUUGGGGUUGGGGUUGGGGUGGGGGGGGACAGGACACGCACCGCCGUCAGGCUGCGGCCGCCGGCGGAGCGCGGAGCGGCGCCCCGCGGUGCCGGGGGGCAGCCGCGGCGGGGCUGGCGUGGGAGGCCGGCCGGGGGGGGCUGCCCCGCUACGAGCUCGGCGGCGGAGGAGGCCGGCGGAGGAGGAGGAGGAGGAGGAGGAGGAGAGAUGAUCGCGGAGUUGUUGAGCAGCGCCCUGGGGCUCGCCCUGUACCUCAACACCCUGGGCGCCGACUUCUGCUACGAUGACAGUCGAGCUAUCAAGACAAACCAGGACCUUCUGCCCGAGACGCCGUGGACCCAUAUCUUCUACAAUGACUUUUGGGGGACACUACUCACUCACAGUGGGAGCCACAAGUCCUACAGACCUCUCUGCACACUCUCCUUCCGCAUUAACCAUGCUGUCGGAGGGAUGGACCCAUGGGGCUACCACCUUGUAAACGUCCUGUUACAUGCUGCAGUCACAGGCCUUUUCACAAACUUCUCCAGGAUCCUGUUUGGGGAUGGGUACUGGACCUUGAUAGCAGGCCUGCUGUUUGCAUCUCAUCCGAUCCACACGGAAGCCGUAGCGGGGAUCGUAGGGAGGGCAGACAUUGGAGCCUGCCUCUUCUUUCUGCUUUCCCUGAUGUGUUAUGUGAAACACUGCUCUACCAGAGGUUCCUCACCAAGUACUUGGGGCUGGAUCUUGGGAGCAGGGCUGUGUGCAGGAUGCAGCAUGCUGUGGAAGGAGCAAGGAGUGACUGUUCUGGCCAUUUCAGCGGUGUACGAUAUCUUUGUGUUUCAUCGACUGAAAAUGCAUCAGAUCAUUCCUGCUUUAUACAAGAGAAAGAAUUUGACCCUCUUCUUCAGCAUUGGUUUAUUGACCUCCUGGGGGACUGCACUGCUGGGUGUCCGCUUAUACUGGAUGGGCAACAAGCCCCCAAGUUUUUCCAAUUCUGACAAUCCAGCAGCUGACUCAGACAGUUUUCUCACACGUACGCUGACCUUCUUUUACCUGCCAACCAAGAACCUCUGGCUCUUGCUGUGCCCAGAUACCCUCAGCUUUGACUGGUCCAUGGAUGCUGUGCCUCUUCUGAAAGCAGUCAGCGACUGGAGGAAUCUACACACUGUGGCCUUCUAUGCUGGACUCCUCCUCCUUGCCUACUUUAGCUUGAAGGGCUCCAGCAAUGAGAGAGAAUGCAAUGGGAAAACUGUAAUGAACGGCAAGCAGAAUGCUAAUGGGCAUAGCUGCCACUCAGAGAUGGAGUACAAGACACUGGAGGUGAAGUCAAGCUUUGCAUCAAAAGAAGAGAAUGGUAUAAAAAAGCAUGAAACGCAGAAACCACAGCUUCCUUCAACUGAGAACAUUGUCAUUCUGUCUCUGUCUUUGUUAAUAGUGCCCUUUGUUCCUGCCACAAACCUAUUUUUCUAUGUUGGCUUUGUAAUAGCAGAGCGUGUGCUGUAUGUUCCUAGUAUGGGCUUCUGCUUGCUGGUUACAGUAGGUGUCAGGGCCCUUUAUGUCAAAGCCCAAAAGCGCUUUCUGAAGAACUUGGUUUUUUGCUCCACUGCUGCGUUAAUUGUUUUCUAUGGACUCAAGACUGUUGUCAGGAAUGGGGACUGGCAGAAUGAGGAGAUGCUGUAUAGGUCAGGGAUAAAAGUAAACCCUGCUAAAGCAUGGGGUAACCUUGGAAAUGUUCUCAAGAGCCAGAGCAAGAUUUCCGAAGCUGAAAGCGCCUAUAGAAAUGCCUUGUACUACCGCAGCAACAUGGCUGAUAUGCUUUAUAAUUUAGGGUUACUACUUCAAGAAAACAGCAGGUUUUCAGAGGCAUUGCAUUACUAUAAACUGGCCAUUGGUAGCAGACCCACACUAGCUUCUGCCUAUUUAAAUACUGGUAUCAUCCUGAUGAACCAAGGGAAGACAGAGGAAGCCAGGAGGACUUUCCUGAAGUGUUCAGAGAUCCCUGAUGAAAAUUUGAAAGAUCCUCAUGCUCAUAAAAGUUCUGUUACUAGCUGUCUUUAUAACUUAGGAAAACUUUUUCAUGAACAAGGACACUAUGAGGAUGCCCUUGUGGUUUACAAAGAAGCAAUACAGAAAAUGCCAAGGCAGUUUGCACCACAGAGCUUAUACAACAUGAUGGGAGAAGCCUAUAUGAGAAUGAGCCGGCUGCCAGAAGCAGAGCGCUGGUACGUGGAGUCACUGCGAUCCAAGAGUGACCACAUCCCAGCCCAUCUCACCUACGGAAAACUGCUGGCUCUGACGGGACGCAAGAGUGAGGCAGAAAAGUACUUCGUGAAGGCUAUUCAGCUGGAUCCUACCAAAGGAAACUGCUACAUGCAUUAUGGUCAGUUCCUCCUAGAAGAAUCCCGUCUGAUAGAAGCAGCUGAGAUGGCAAAAAAAGCAGCUGAACUUGAUCAUACAGAAUUUGAUGUUGUUUUCAACGCAGCCCAUAUGCUCAGACAAGCCAGUCUCAAUGAAGAAGCAGAGAAGUAUUACGAAAUGGCAGCAGGAUUAAGACCUAAUUACCCAGCUGCCCUAAUGAAUCUUGGAGCCAUUCUCCAUCUGAAUGGUAAACUGAAAGAAGCUGAAGAAAACUACCUCCUUGCUCUUCAACUUAAACCUGAUGAUGUCAUCACUCAGUCCAAUCUUCGCAAAUUGUGGAAUAUCAUGGAGAAACAAGGUUUGAAGACAUCCAAAACAUGAUGAUGAAAACUCUGAACUUUUUUUUCUUGAAUUGAUUAAAACCACGAACUAGAACUUCCACACAAUUGUCUGAUCAGAGAACUCAUUGGACUUGACCGCAAGGAUCAGAGGUCUUAAUUGCUGCUAGGAGAAGCUAUUCUGCUUUUUUGGCAUAAAUUUUUUUGCUAGAUAAAUAGAAAAAGGGAGACUUUGAGAUAUUCAUGAAGGACUUGUAACCCCACAAAAAUGUUUAGAACCAUAGCACUUGAGAGAAGGUGUUUUGGCAUAUUUGAUAGAUCAUUGCAAAUCCCAUAUUGCUCACUUUUGGGUGGGUAUUUGAAAUGUAUACUGUCAUAGAAAUACUAAGGGAAAAUUGUACAGUAUACACUAAGCCAUAUGGGAGUAAAAGCGGUAAUAGUAGGUUAAAGUACUUUGCUGAUACUGUAACUCAUUAAAAUGUAUACUAAAUCCA